CAGACCCUAUAAAAGGCCAGCGGAAGGAGCAGCUCGCCUCUAGUCUUUGCUUCCAGAAGCGAGCGAGGAAACAGCUGCAACAUCUGGAGCUCUCCUCCAGUCGUUCUGCUGGGAGUAAGAAGAAAAGCAGGGAGCUUCCAGAGCCAGUUUGAGAAUGUCUCAAGGGAAGAAGAAGAGGAAGAGCUUUCGACAGAGAUCACCGCCUGUCCUUGAAUACUUGCAGGGUAUCCUUCGCAAAUACCCAGAUGGGGGGCAGAUCUUAAAGGAGCUGAUCCAAAAUGCAGAUGACGCAGGGGCAGAGGAAGUGAUCUUACUCUAUGAUGAGCGGAGUUUUGGAACGCAGAACCUUUUUUCCGAGGGGCUGGAGUGCACCCAAGGCCCUGCACUUCUGGCUUAUAAUAAUGGUGUAUUUUCUGAGGCUGACUGGAAGGGGAUUGAAAGCCCAGGCAUCAGUCACAAGAAGAAAGACCCCACUACUGUUGGACGCUUUGGUUUAGGCUUCAAUUCAGUUUACCACAUGACAGACUUUCCAUCUAUAUUGUCUGGUCAGUAUUUGCUUGUGCUGGACACACAAAAUAUAGCGUUAGAAGAUGGUGGUGAACGCUGGGAAGUGGAUGAAUGGGAAGAGGCAUCUGACCAGUUCCAGCCAUUCUGGGCAGCACUGGCAUCGCUUGGCAAGCCUUGCCCAACUACUGAGGGCUACUUCCCUGGGACCCUUUUCCGCUUUCCGCUGCGAUAUAGUCCUUCAAAGAUAUCAGAAAAUUUGUACAGUACAGAACGGGUGCGGGAGCUGCUUCUCGCUUUCUUGAAUGAUGCUCCCAUUAGCUUGCUUUUCCUCAGGAACGUCCGGAAAGUGACAUUGGGCCUAGUUGGGUCAGAUGGUGCCAUCAGUGAGCUACUGAGAGCUGAGGCCACCACAUGCCCACUCAAUGGGCCAGGCCCUAUUGAAGAUGCCACCAAUGCCAAAUUGGACACUGCUGCCCACAUCAGAAAGCUAGCUCUUGGUGGUACUACAAUUGGAGGACAAGCUACCAGCUAUGAGUGGCUGGUGUUGACAGCUGAAGCCAAAAAGGAUGCCUUCCCAGAGUUGUGGGUUCUUGCUGACAAUGUGAGUUCUAGGCCAACAUUGUCUUUGGCUUACUGUUUGCAAGGCGGGUGCACUGGGCGACUCAGUUGCGUCUUACCACUUCCCGCGACAGAGGAAAACAUGACAGGUUUGCCACUGCACAUCAGUGGUCCUUUCCAGUUGACAGAUGACCGGAGGCAUGUACAGUGGUCUGAAGAGGGAUCCCAGGCACGAGGAGCUGACGGCUGUUGGAACCACUUGCUUAUGGAAGAGAUGUUGCCUGUCUCUUGUUGCCAAAUGGUGUUGCUGGCCUCUGGCCAUUCUAGUGACCCCUAUGGGGCAUGGCCAGACCCAGACCAAAGUCAGCAACUCCGCUACAAACCUUUGAUAGCUCAAAUCUGCCAGAGGUUGAUGGACCUGAAACUGUUGGUGCGGGUUGGAGGUGGAAAUCCUCGCCUUCUCUAUCCCCGUGAAGCUGUCAUCUUGCCAGAGAAGGUGAGAGAGAAGCCAGUGGGCCUGGCACUGGAGAAGGCUCUCACUUUGGCAGGAACGUUGCUGGCAGAUGUUCCUUUCCAUGUCUGCCGAGCCCUUAUCUUGGGUGCUGGAAGUGGGCCAACAGUACAGGAAGCCACCACAAAGUUUGUGAGAGAGACUCUGCGAAGGGCGACCAACAUCUGGAGUGGGCUCUCCCUGUCAGAGAAACAGCUGCUGUUGGAGUAUGUGGUUGGAGAUGGGUGCUACCAGGAGCUGAAGGAUCUGCCACUGCUGCCAAUGGCCAAUGGGCAUUUCACCUGCUUUGGAGAUUCUGGAGACACUGUCUUUGUUGAGAACCAGAGUUUCUCUAGGAUCCUGUUACCUGGUCUGGCUCAUCAGUUUCUCCCUGAGAAUCUAAAUCCAGAAUUGCUGGAACAUCUAGAGGCAAUUGCAAAAAAAGGGUUAUUCAAGAACCUUCUGUUUUUAAAUCAAAAUAUCAUUGAACAGAACUUUCAUGAUUCUCUUCCCAAACACUGGUUCAACAGCACAUCAGUUCCAGUAAACUGGUGCCCAAAGAAAUAUCCACAACAACCCCCUCUGGAGUGGCUUACUGCUUUCUGGAAUUUCCUGAAUCGCCAUGCAUCUUCCCUGGCACCCUUCAGGGGGUGCCCACUGAUACCACUGACUCCUGUGCACAGUUCCCUCAAUGCUGUCAAGCUGGCACGGCUUUUGCCUAAAACUACUCUACUGUUUCAGAGUCACAAUGGGCACUGCUUGCCAGAUGACGUGUCUGGGAUCUUGGAGACACUGGGAUGCACUCUGAUCAAGAGCUGGGAGCCAGACUGGUGCCACCACCAGCUGAGAGAAUACAUCCUAGAACCCACGCCUGGCAGUGUCCUGCAGGUUUUUGCCCAUUUGGGGAUGGCAUCUGCAGCCAGCCAUUUGGCAUCCCUCCCUGAAUGGCAGAUUCAGAGCCUGACUGCUUUUCUUGCAACCGCUGCAAUGCUCUCCCAAAAAGAAAUGGAAAUCCUAAUGGAAUUGCCCCUGUUUUUCAAGAUGCCUUCCCUCCUUCCACCUUCCUCUCCUGGCUUGGUGCCAGCCCAGUGCUACUUGGCUUUAGAAAAACACCUUGUCCCAUCAGUACCCAUAGAUUUGUUGACACCAGAGCCCGUGCUAUUGUGUCGUAAUGAAGCUGAACGCCGGCUGCUCAUUCAAAUUCGAGGUAGUCUGCUGGGGACACCAGAACUAUGUUUGUUAUGUGUCAAAGCGAUGGGGAAGGGGACAUAUGUGAAUCGGGCACAGGAUGCCAAGAGGCUCAUGCUGUGGGUGCUACAGAAUGGGGACUCUCUCUUCAGCCAGAGUCGAGAACUACAAGCUUUAUGUCGCGACCUUCCCUUUCUGGAUUGCAAAUCAGGAGAGUUGAGUCGGCCAAUUGAUCUCUAUGAUCCUCAGAACCCCACUUUGCGGGCCUUAUUAAGACCUUGCCAGUUCCCCACAGGACCUUUUCAGGAGCCAGAAGUAUUACGAACCCUUCGUACCCUGGGACUGAAAUCUGAUCUCAGUGCUGUCUCUCCAGCUGAUGCAUUAGCAGCUGCAAAGGAAGUGAAUCAGCUGCAAGAGGAAGCAGUUGCCAAUGCCAAAUCACAGGCACUCAUUCAGAUCUGCAAUGAGACCACUCUGCUAUCACGUUUGUCUUCUCAGGAGCUGAAGCAGCUGCAGUCUCUGUCUUGGGUGCCAGCCACCAACUCCUCCAGGCUUGUGCCAGCUGGAUACUUCUGGGCACCUAAAUUGCUCUGCUCAGAUAAAUAUGCUUCUCUUGUUGGGCUGGUCAUGGGACUGACAAAUGCUUUUGGCUCACAAGCUGCAUCAAAAUUGGGUCUGGAGCACCUGCCUCCAUCUGAGAAAGUGAUGAAGAAUCUAGCUUGCCUCACCCAAGCCUAUUGCCCCCAAAAUACUCAAGAGUUAACAGCAACAUUGCACAGCAUCUAUCGGCACAUGCAGCAGCACCUGAAUGAUUUCAAGAAGCCACCUGCAGGCCCCACAGUGUGGAAUGGCAAGGGUUUUUCAUUGCCCAAGGAAGUAGUGCUUUCCUACCCCGAUGACUUGGACCUCACAACUUUGAUAGCACGAGUACCGCAGGACUUUCAGCAGUACAGCCAGUUAUUUGUGAUGUGGGGGGUCCAUCAGUCACCCACACCAGAAGAUGUAUGCCAGGCUCUGCUUGACUUGGCUGAUCAGAUCAAUUUCCGACCACAAGGGGGCACACAAGCUGAACUACUCCUUGUGACAGCUGUCUUGGAUUGGCUCUGUGGUUGUGGUCACCGGGGAGAGCAAGAAAUGCCUGUGCCAGUUCGGAUUCCAGGACUGGCUGUUUUUGCUCUUCGUCCUGCUAGUUCAGUGCUGUACUGUGAUAUGAAUCGGGCUCGGCUUGCUGAACUGGAUGGCGACCCACCUGUUUUGGUGCACGAGCUGGUCUCCUCCGCCACAGCUGCUUUCCUGGGCUUAGAGAUGCUAAGUACACGGUUGUCGGGCUUAGAGUUGUUUGAAGCCUGGGGUCCUUCAGAGCCCGUCACCCUCCGGAUCCGUAACAUCCUUCGCGAGUACAGCCAGGAUGCUGAUGUUUUCCAAGAACUCUUGCAGAAUGCGGAAGAUGCUGGUGCCCAGACUUGCCACUUCUUAAUGGAUCUCCGUCAACAUAAUGGCACCACAGGUGGACUCCUGGACCCUGGCAUGGCUGCCUGCCAGGGCCCAGCACUUUGGGCCCACAACGAUGCAUUGUUCAGCAAUGAAGACUUUACCAACAUCGUCCGACUAGGUGCUGCCACCAAGGAAAGCCAGGAUGACAAAAUUGGCCACUUUGGGCUAGGCUUCUGCACGGUCUACCACAUGACAGAUGUCCCUUCUCUCCUCAGUGGUCAUACCAUGCUCAUCUUUGACCCUAAUGUCACCCACCUUCGGAAGCAUAUCCACAGCCCUGCUAAUCCAGGCAUCCGAUUGACUUGGACCCCUCAUGUUGUCACAAUGUUCCCUGAACAAUUUCGGCCCUUCAUAGGCAUCUUUGGCUGCAAAGUUGGGGAGGAUUACCCAGGCACACUCAUCCGCCUCCCUUUCCGCACUGAGCAGGAGGCAAAAGAUUCUCAGAUCUGCCCUGAGCCCUUUGGACCCAGUCAAAUCAGAGCACUGCAAGCUGGCUUUCAGGAGAUGUACCAGUACCUCCUGAUUUUCCUGCACAAAGUGCAGGAGGUGUCAUUGACUCACCUCCCUGAUGGUUUCAGUUCUCCAGAAUUUGCCCAGCCACUGGCCACAGUGAAGAGGGAAGGGCUUCAUGAUGUAGGAACUCCCAAUAUUGUGCGAUUGACAGCAACAUGGGGGUCAGAUGUGAUUAUUAGCCAUUACUUGCUACACUUUUGUUCAGCUAAGGGAGAAGCCCAAGAGCUCUUUGAACAGGGAGAAAAAAAGGGACUCCAUUUCUCACCUCCUGUUGCUGCUGUGGCCUUGCCUCUCUGCCCUGCCACUGCAGCUGGACGAUGGGUCCCAGGUUUGCAUGGCUUUAAGGGCCGUGUCUUCUGUUUUCUCCCUCUUCCUAUUGAAAGUGGGCUCCCACUGCACCUCACAGCAGCCUUCGCUGUACUUAGCAAUCGCAAAGGACUCUGGGAUGCCACAGAGAAGGGCAAAUGGAACAGAGUACUCUUGCGGGAUUCAGUGGUGGGUGCCUGGCUCGGGGCAUUGUCUCAACUCCGGGAUAUGAACAAAGAAGGAUUGCUGGAGGACUACAAGUACUACAUCUUCUGGCCUGAUGUCCGCAGUGCUAAGCAUCCUUUCAGUGAAACAGCUAAGGCCUUCUACCAAGCCUUAGUUAAUGGUGUUGAUGGGAAGCAGCCAGUUCUGUUUUCUGAUGGGCAGAAAUGGUGCCCAGCCCGGCAUGCCUGUAUUCUGGCUGCUGACAUCAUCUCUGAGAAGCAAUUGAGUCCUAUAGCUGCCAGGAACUUCUCUUCACUGUUGCCACAACCUCAGAUGGCAGUGACUCUUCCAGACUGGGUGGAGAUGAAUUUCAAAGCAUGCACCCAAGCAGAUGUCUUCUUGUCAAACACUUACAACUGGGCACGAUUCCUCCGGGAGCUUGUUUUACCCAACCUUGCUCAGAUAGAAGUGUCUGAUCGUGAUGCCCUGAUUGUUCGUGCCCUGGAUAUGAAUGAUGCCACUGUGGAUAAGAUACUGAUCUCCCUGCCUUGCAUUCCCACCACUCCCACAGCACUGCUGAAAAAUAUUAAGGAACUUGUACACCCAGAGGGCCGUGUGGCACCUCUUUACACCCUGGAAGAUGGCUGUUUCCCCAUGGGUGAAAAGUUUCUGGAGCCACAUAGACUGUUGCGCUUGGAACGUCUUGGUAUGAUCAAACACAGGGUGGUUAUUGAGGAACUGAUAGAUCGAGCCAGAACUGUGGCAGCCUUGUGGCAUCAUGACCAACACAAGGCCCGUAGGCGAGUUCACAGUAUCUUGAACCUCCUUAAUGACCACCUCCAGGAAAGCUGCAGCAAUACAACUCAGGUCAUUUUUAGAGAAAUUCCCUUCUUGCCAGCAGUACUUCCUGGUAACUGCCACAAACUCUGCUGUCCCAGAGAGAUUUACCAUCACAAACUGCAUCCAGUGGUGGGCUUGACUGAACCAGUCCUGGACAAGGAGGCUCUUGAUAAAGAUUUUAAGUUCUCGAGUGAGCUAAAGGAGUUCUUAGGACUAAAUCGCCAGCCACCAGUAGCUACAGUGCUAAGACAACUGGAGACCGCAUCACUUUGCUCUAAUGCACUCCCCAGAGCCAUGCUAAGCAGGACAGCAAAAUACUGCUAUGCAUUCCUGAACAAAGCAAUUGAGGAAAACCCCUCAUGCCAGAUAGAGGUGUCUCAAAAGGCACAAACAUUCCCCUUUGUCCUGGUGGGUGCUGAUUUUGUAUCUGUGUGUAGGGUGGCCUGCAACCUGAGCUUUGAUGGUGCUCCAUAUCUCUUCCGUCUGCCUGAGGAGUACCAGCAGCAAAAGCAGCUGUGGAAGUGUGUGGGGCUGAAGAAUGUUUUUCAAGUGGAGGACUAUGCUACUGUGCUACAAACCUUGGCCAAGAAUGCAGGUGGACAGUCUCUUCCCAAAGAGCAACUGGAUCUCGUGUUUAGAUUGAUCACUGUAGGGUUAGUGGAAGCCUUGCCAGAGGGUCAAGAGCUAGAUUCUUAUCAGGCCCAAAGCAUCUUUUUCCCAGACCAAAAGAAAGUCCUAUAUCCACUGCCCAAGCUGCACUUUGAUGAUACGCCAUGGCUGCCACGUGAGAAUGGGAUGCUGCUGUGCCAUGCCAGGAUUUCACGAGAUAUUGCCACACGCUGUGGUGUCCCUACCACAAAGCACUGCAUCUUGUCACGCCGGCGGAUCCAGGGUCUCUCUCGCUGGGUCACAGAUUUUGGAGCCAAAGAAAACCUCUGCACUCGGUUGGCCAACAUCCUCCGUGACUACUCUUCUUCCCAGGAUGUGCUGAAGGAGUUGCUGCAGAAUGCAGACGAUGCUGGUGCAAGUGUUGUCCACUUCCUUUGGGACCAGCGUCAGCACCCGACUGAGCGCACCUUCAGUGAUGAGUGGAAUGUUCUUCAAGGCCCGGCACUUUGCAUCUAUAAUGAUCGCACCUUCCAGAUUAGUGAUAUUGAAGGGAUCCAGCGCUUAGGCUCUGGGGGGAAAGGGGAAAGACGGGAUGCUACAGGCAAAUAUGGGCUAGGCUUCAACACGGUUUUCCACUUGACUGACUGCCCUGCUUUUAUAACUGGGGACAGUGCUCUCUGUGUCUUCGACCCUACGUUGCGCUACCUCCCUGACUCUGAUGACAUCUCCCCUGGUGGAAAGUACAGCCUCACUAAAGAUUUCAAAGAUGCCUUUCCAGAUGUUUAUAAUGCCUUUUUGCCUGAUGUGUUUGACCUGGAAUGUGGCACGGUUUUCAGAUUACCCCUGCGCACUCCUGCAGAUGCUGUCACCUCUCCCAUCUGGAAGACCCCUGUGUCUGAAAAAGACAUGGAAAAUAUGGUGUUGGCUCUAGGAGAAGAAGCAGAAUGCCUUCUGAUGUUUCUGAAUCAUGUUCGCUCUGUGGUGUUUUCUGUGAUAAGCAAGACAGGAAGGGAACCGAAGGAAGUGCUGUGGGUAAAGACAGAAGGUGGUGAAGAUGAAAGGCUGGAGUACCAAAAACAUCUGCAGCAGGCAGCUGCAGCAGGAGGCAUAGAAGAGGGCAGGCCCAAAAGGGUCUUCUACAAAAUGAAGGUGAAUAAUAGUUUCUCCAAUGCUUCUAGCAGUUGGUUGGUUGGUAGGCAGAUUGGUGUGGAGAAGACAGACAUCACAGAGGGCAUGUUGCUGCCACAUGGUGGUGUGGCUGCUUGUCUUAAUGGACAACCAUCGGGUAGGGCCUUCUGUACACUUCCUCUGCCAGUGAAUACGGGACUCCCAAUCCACAUCAAUGGCAACUUUGCAGUAAAUUCAUCUCGACGUGACUUGAGGAAGGAUGAUGACAAAGGCAAUGUCAGCAUGGCAUGGAAUCACUUCCUACUGCGCUGUCUUGUGGCUCCUUUGUAUUGCCAGCUCCUCGAGGAGCUGCGGCAGGCUCUGGGGAAAGUGCCCUUGACGUUCCACUCCCUACUGGCAUGUCAGCAACAUCUUGAUUCCAGCUAUUUGAGGUAUUUUCCAUGUGUAACCAAAGAUGUCCCCCCACUUUGGCAAAAGCUGGUUACCCAUGUGUAUGAACUUGCAUAUGGGGAGAAGCUUCCAUUGGUACCAGUAUACCAAAAGCAGACUAAUUAUGCAUCUAGAACAGAAGUAGUGAAUGUGUACUGGAGCAUACCCAAACUGGGCUACCCAACCAGAGAUCCUUAUUUCUUGCAGUCUGAGAUAAAAGAUUAUUUCCUUGAGCAGGCUCUCCAGAAUCUGGGCAUGCACUUAGUCCCUGCCUUCCUGCGUCUGCAGGACAUCCAUACUGAAUUUCUCAGGGCAGAAAUUGAUGUCCUAACCCUUGAUCCUCCUUCCCUCUGCCACUUCCUGAAGAAUCUACCUGACUUCUCCUUGCCAUACCCCCUUGAACAAACACUGAUGAAGACACAGUACAGCUGCUCUGCUCUCCUGAAUUUAUGCCUCCGUGAGCUUCCUGAGGAGAGCAGCUUUGUGGAAGGUCUCCCUUUACUGGUGACAAAGGAUGAUAUGCUGAGGUGCUUCAUUCAGGAGAAGCCUGCAUACCUGAGUGGAGUUUCCCAUCUUUUCCCACACCACCAGGAUCACUUCUCUGCCUACCUCAGUUCAGAGGCCACUCAGAAGUUAGUAAAGAUGGGGUUCUUGAAGGAUUUCACUCUUUCUGAAUCAGUGCACUACAUCCAGGAAAUGCUGGAACUGGACAACUGGUCCAGUGAUGUUGAGCACCAGAAAUGGCUGCGUGAGAUGUGGGAAUUCUUUGAGACAGAGAUCUGCAAGUCUAAGGAUAAAGACAAAAUGAACCAGGCAUUUGCAGUGCUAGUUAUCCUCUUCAAAGGCUGUCCUUUACUUCCAGUGCGGGGCUGUAGUACAUCCCUCAAUCCACUUGAAAGCCUCAAUACUAUUCUGUAUGAUGACUCAAGUGAAGUUUCUAAUAUCCUUCAGGAGCUGGGUUUUGCCAUGUUAGAUUCCUCCCUGUUGCCUCCAAAACUCACUGAAUACUGUAUCCGGCCACAUCUAUUCGAAAUAAAGAAUCCUGUUGUUGUGCUGGCACAACUGUCUGCUAGUAGUAGCCUCUCUUGGGAUAAACUCAAACUCAAACCAUUCAAAUUUGACAGACUCUUGGAAUUCCUGAGCAGCAAUCUGGAGGAGUUAGAAAGAGAUUGUAAAUUACUUAACAAGUUGAAAGCCUUGCCUGUGUUUGAGACUCAUCAAGGAAAGCGUGUUUCACUGGCUUUCUAUGAAAUUAUAUAUCUCUUGGAGUCAAAGAUUUCAAAGGAGUCCAAAAACUUCAAGGAGCUUUACAAAGUAGAUAGGAAGACUCUUUUGCUGAGGGACAGUUGGAUUAACCGCCAUCUCAGUAAAUGCUUGGGUAUUGGUGUCAUGAAUGAUUUGCAGCAGUUCGUACAGCAGCUUCUGCCUCUGUUGCCCAGGCUUCCUGAGGCCCGUGUUCUAGAGGCUGUGAAGUUACUCCUCACCAUCACGGCACAUUAUAAUCAAGAGUAUGAGGCUAAGAAAAAAGUCAUAGUAUCAAAGUUUCAGUCUUUUGCUUUUAUCCGGGACAAGGAGAAUGAGUUGCGUCAUGCAUCCUACUUCUAUGAUGAAGAUGAACCACUUUUCUUGGAGCUGGGAAUGAGCUCUCGGUUUGUACCAAAUAAAUUCUAUGAAUCCGUGUCAACAGGUGAUAAAUGGAGGGUGAAAAAAUUUUUACGUGAUGUGGGCUUGCAGAAGGUAAUCUCUGAAAAUGACUUUCUGAAGUGUGCUACCCAAGUUGAAAGGGAUGCACUGAUGUAUGGUCCCAUAUCCCAUGAGCUCCCCCGAAGAAGGAGAGCACUUUUGAACCAUUUGCUUUCCACACCAAAAGACACUCUGUCAGAUGCCUUUAUGGAAAAAGUGUCCAAGAUCCGUUUCCUAAGGCAACGUCCCAUCUCUGAUGAACUGUGUUGCCUGCACCCACCCUAUGUCCCUUGCAAUGCCCCACUGGCACCCAAAGGUUCUCUGUACCUUUCAGACAGUGUAGAAUUGUUCUGGACUUCAGCAGCUGCUCUGUCUUGUCCUGUCUAUGUUGGAAUAGAUGGAACUGACAUUCUGAAACGACUUGGGGUGUUGUGCACCUUGCCUGUCCAGUUGGUCUUGAAAAAUCUGAGCAAUGUAUGUCAGGCAUCAUGUGUUACCCCUAAAGCCACAGAAACUCGGGCACAAGUCCUAACGCAGAUGUAUGCAUUCUUGUCUGAAGAGAAAGAAAUAGACACCAACUGUCUAAAGGGACUCCCUGUGAUACUGGUAGAUAACAAAGAAAUAGCCGAGGCCCAAAAGGUGGUGGUCUCAUUAAAAUACCCACAUGACUUCUGGCCUUACCUUUACAAGCUGCCUGCAAAGCUGACUGCCUAUCUGGAUCUCCUGGAGAAAUUUGGUGUUCAGACCGAGCCAAGCAUCUGUCAUUAUGCCAGUGUUCUGGCCCAAAUUCAUGAGGAGACGGUAGAACGAAUCCAGCUGCAUCCCAAUCUCACUAAAACAGUGCUUAGGGCUACUCAAUUCCUCUUCCAGCUCUUAGAAGAAGCAGAGAAGCCAGUGGAUUUCUCAGCGCUGAAAGAACUGCACCUGCCUUGUAUUGAUGGGAAGCUGUACCCAUCAAACACCCUCAUCUUCAGUUGCGACUGGUCUGGACAAGAGUCCGAGAACUUGCAGAGGACUUUUCGCUUUCUUCUGGAUCUUUCUGAAUGCUCCUUAGCCCAUGACAAGUAUGAGCAGUGGAGGCUUUUGCGUCGGCUCCCUGAGGCAUUGCGCCCCAAGAACUUUUCUGACAUCACUCAAGAGCAGCUAGAGGAGUCCUCCCUGAAACUUUGUCCCUAUAGGGAACACUGUGAGUCCCGGAACUGCCUGAAAGAACUUCUCAUUUCUCUUGAGUUCCAGUGGGCCUUUAUUGCGCUGCUGAAAUGGCAGGACACAGCAAAGCCAGUAGAAACAGAGAAGAUGGAGCGCAUAUGGGAUGAAUUCUUCUCACCAGAGCGACUAGAGGUGGUUUGUUAUGAAAAGCUGUGCACCAUCACAGUGCACAACGCACAGCCUCUUGAGGGAAUUCAGCGUGCCAAGCUGGUGCAUGUUGUGAUGCUACCAGGUGACAAGUGUCAGGUUUACCUUGCACACCAGGAGAGAAUGAAUCAAGAUGAGGCUGUGCAUGUCUCUGGCAUCCUAGCCAAAGAAGUGAAUAGGCUUCUGGGAGAAAGACUCCAUCAGGAUGCUAUGAUGAUCCUCAUGCAAAUUCUGGUUUGCCAGGGGCCUCAGAAGAUUGCUGGAGUGCUGAAGAGAAACCAAGUGCCUUUGCAUCAGCCCACCCACCGAAAUGCUUAUAGCCUGCCACCUGCUGGAGAGGAAAUCCCUGAGGAAUGGCAUGACAGCUUGGACAUGAACAUCCUCCAUAUCUUUGUGCCAGGAGAUUAUGUGGGUUACCUAGACUCUUCCCAGCUGAAAGAAUGUUACCUGUAUGCUGUAGUCCUUGAAGCUCUUGGUCCACAGCAGAGCGGUGGUGGCCAAGUCUCCAUGUACCGUGUUGAUUUGGGAGGAGGGAAGAAAGCAGAUGUCAGUGCCCAUGACCUUUAUCAUUUCCGAAGGAACAGCCGAGUUGCUGACUUGAAUAAAUCUCUGGUCUUGGCAGAAAUUUCCCCUAGUUCUGGCAGCGCUGCAAGCCCAUCUGCAUGUAGUGAUUGGUACCAAAAGCCUUUGAGGGAGGUGAAAAAAGAGGUGGAUGCCCGUCUAGCUGAAAUUUGGUGUCUGUCAGAGGAAGAGAGGAAGAAGGCUGUAAGAAGACUCUAUCUCUGCUACCACCCUGACAAAAAUAUAGGUCAGGAGGAUUUGGCCAAUGAAAUAUUCAAAUAUCUUAAGGAAAGGAUCCAGGAGAUGGAGAACAAGGGUAAGCUAAGUAGUAGUAGUAAUUCCUACAAGAGAAACAACUGGAACUUUUCAAAAUUUUGGGCUGAAUGGGAUGAGCAAGCUCAUAGCCAUCACCACAGACGUCAGGAAUUCACCAGGCAGAGAUGGGGAAGAAGAGGAGGAGGAGGAGGAGGAGGAGGAGGAGGACAUUGCAACUAUGACUUCUGGUCAUUCCAUCAGAGGGGAACAAAUUAUUCAAAGUAUCAGUCAAGACGCCUUUGUGGAGAAGAAGCCAAGCGCUGGCUACGGCAAGCCGAGUGUGAUCUGCGGGCAGCAGCUGGUAUAGCUGGGAAUGGCAGCACCGAAUGGCUGUUCUACAUGACAUACCGGGCAGUGGAGAAAGCCCUGACAGCAGUUGUAUACAGUGAGGGAGGACACUUUGACAAGAGCCAGUCUCUUGCCAUGCUGGCUAGAAAGGCAGCAUCCUGGGGUGCUGAGCUAGCACAGCUCCCUGACCAGAUAGCUGAGCUCCAAAAGCUUGGUGUAGAUGACAAGACAACCCAGUACCCCAGCUUUCAUGAUUUGCCGACCAUUCCCAAUGAGGCCUUCCAGGCGUGCAAAGAGCAAGAUGUGUUGCUCUUAGCUCGUGAAAUCCUAAAUACUGUGAAGAAUUGGCUUGGACAGUAAUGAGAGCUGAGGAUCUUUGUUUUAAAAGACUUUGGCCAACAUUUUUUUUACAACACAGCAGGAUUUCUCACAAAACCUAGGGACCAAGUCUUUUGUAACAAGAACAAGGGAGUGGACGCAGGAAAUGGGGGGGGGGACUUUUCUACCUUCAAAUUAUAUCUACGGUAACUCCUUGGUAUACUGGGCACCUGUGAAUUUAGAAUUUUCCUUUUCUUUUUAAUGGUCUGGGGAUGCACAAAUAUUCAGUGUCUCAUUGAAGCGUACUUGAUGGGAAAGUAUGUGCAUAGUAUUACUAAACAUGCAGUCACUGAACCCUUGGAAACCCUUGAUCUGUGUUAAUACUUUACAAUGUUUUUGAAAAAUGCAUGUUACCUCUUAGAGAACAAGUUGCACGGCUGACUGUAGGGAGAAUAGUUAUAUGUAUAAAAGUGGGAUUAAAUUAUUAUUCCUGAAUGCAGACAGAAUCUUCUUGUUUUUUUGCAUCAAUAAACUUUGUUUUGUUA